GUCCAGCCGCACCGACUGAAGCUCUAACAGCUCCAGUUCCAGCUCCGGCUCCCAUCUCCGAGUAGAAGGUCGCCCAGUUUCGUCGCCGCUCUUCUUCCUAGCCGGCAGAAAUCACGUGGAGGGCUGGCUCCUUUCCCAGUCUCCGCGAUCGCAGUAGCGGCGUGGCUAUUUUAAAGUCACCCCCCCCCCUCCUCCUCUCUAAGCCAAGGAGUUCCUCCUAGCUUGGGACCCGUCUCAGUUUCAAACCUGCGGCUCCCAGGCAAUAAAGGUUUAUACUCGUAGGCGCCUUGUGCGAGCGCCCGCGUCCGGGGUAAAGCAGUGGAAUUUCGCCUUGCAGGAUUUCGAAGCGCCCCGUUUUCCCGCUACGCCCCUCUCCCCCCCACUCCCUUCAAUCCCUAUGUAAGGCUGCCUCGGGGUAAUGGAUUCCCGAGCGUGAACUAUUAAACUGCUUCUGGCAAGUUAUGCUUGCUGCCUGCCAUGCGGUUGUGAGCUGUCUUGAAUGAAACGCGCCCGGCGGGAGAGAAGAGAGCCAAACUGAGGAGGAAGAAAAUAAUAAUAAUAAUAACCCAGGACGCGUCUCUUUCUCUACUCCAAGUUUUCAAUUCAGCCGCCUCGAGAUGGAUGGGGAUGGGAUUCACCUCCACAGAAUGGCCCGCGCGUCAUACCCUGACAGUUCAUUUCAUGGGGUGGAGUUUCUCCCAGAAAAUUUCAGAGAUGCUUCUAAUGAAACAACAAUGAGGAUGAAUGAGAAAUACUCCACAUUACCUGCCGAGGAGAAGGGAAUCCACAUCAUCAACAUCAGAGCUAUUGAAGACAUCGGCUAUGUUCGCACAGAAAGUACACUAUUAAAUUCAUUCUCACAAGAUCCAGAUGCCAACUGCAAAUAUGGACUUUUUUUUAGAGAUGGCAAAAGGAAAGUGGAUUAUAUUCUGGUUUACCACUACAAGAAGUCCUCAUUUGGUAAGACACUCACUCGGCGAAUCCAUUUCAAUGAUAUGGGACCUCGAAGCGUUAAGCAAGACAAACCACUUCCUGGAAAAGGAGGGCAGCUUAGCAUGGAUGAAGGUGCACCUCACAUGGAUUAUCAUGAAGAUGACAAGAGAUUCCGCAGAGAAGAGUAUGAAAGCAACCUUAUGCAGGCUGGCCUUGAGCUGGAAAGAGAUGAAGAUACAAAAAUACAUGGUCUUGGAUUUAUAAAAAUUCAUGCUCCUUGGAACGUUUUGUGCCGUGAAGCAGAGUUUAUGAAACUGAAGAUGCCCACAAAAAAGGUGUAUCAAAUUCAUCAACCUCAUGGCCUUUUGAAAAAGAUCAAUUCUGUAAUCCAAAAAAUAACAGAACCCAUUCAACCUAAAGUGGCAGAACAUAAGCAUCAGACAGUGAAACGACUUUCCUAUCCUUUCUCAAGGGAGAAGCAACACUUGUUUGACCUCUCUGAUAAAGACUUCUUUUUUGAUAGCAAAACUAGAAGUACCAUAGUUUAUGAAAUACUGAAAAGAACUACAUGCACCAAAGCCAAGUAUAGUAUGGGGAAAGGAGAGGGAAGAAAGAAGGACACUACCCUUUUAAAUAAAAGACGAAAAUGUGAUAAAUAUGGAAUCACCAGUCUACUUGCCAAUAGUGUUUACAGUGCUGCAUAUCCCUUGCAUGAUGGUGAUUAUGAAGGUGACUAUGUCGAGCCUAAUGACAGAAAACUCCUGUGUGAAGAAUGGGCAAGUUAUGGAGUAUUUUAUAAAUAUCAACCAAUUGACUUAGUUAGGAAGUACUUUGGUGAAAAGAUUGGACUAUAUUUUGCCUGGCUGGGAGUUUAUACACAAAUGCUCAUUCCAGCUUCUAUUGUGGGAAUUAUCGUGUUCCUUUAUGGUUGUGCAACUGUUGAUGAGAAUAUACCAAGCAUGGAGAUGUGUGACCAGAGAAACAAUAUCACCAUGUGCCCCUUGUGUGACAGAACAUGCAGCUAUUGGAAAUUAAGCUCUGCUUGUGCCACUGCUCGGGCUAGCCAUCUUUUUGAUAAUCCAGCCACUGUCUUCUUCUCAGUCUUCAUGGCUCUCUGGGCUGCUACCUUUAUGGAACACUGGAAGAGAAAACAGAUGCGUCUGAAUUAUAAAUGGGAUCUUACUGGUUUUGAAGAAGAAGAAGAGGCAGUCAAGGAUCACCCAAGAGCUGAGUAUGAAGCAAAAGUAUUAGAAAAAUCUCUCAAGAAAGAAUACAGAAACAAAGAGAAGGGCCAGCAAUUGCCAGAAGAGGCAGCUAACAAAUGGCGACAAAGAGUUAAGAGAGUCAUGGCUGGGAUGAAAUUGACUGAAAAAGAAAAACUGACAUGGAAAGAUCGGUUCCCAGCAUACUUCACAAAUUUUGUGAGCAUUAUUUUCAUGAUUGGACUGACAUUUGCUAUUGUUUUUGGGGUUAUUAUAUACCGAAUCUCCACUGCAGCAGCUUUAGCCAUCAGCUCCUCUCCAGGAGGCAGGUCGAAUGUUAGAGUGACGGUCACAGCCACUGCAGUAAUUAUUAAUCUGGUGGUGAUAAUAAUCUUGGAUGAAGUAUAUGGCUGCAUAGCUAGAUGGUUGACUCAGAUUGAGGUUCCAAAAACAGACAAAAGUUUUGAAGAACGACUUAUCUUCAAGGCCUUCCUUCUGAAAUUUGUGAAUGCUUACACACCCAUUUUCUACGUUGCUUUCUUCAAGGGUCGAUUUGUUGGACGCCCAGGAGAUUAUGUCUACAUUUUUCAUUCUCUUCGAAUGGAAGAGUGUGCUCCUGGUGGUUGCCUGAUGGAAUUGUGUAUACAACUUAGCAUUAUAAUGUUGGGCAAACAACUGAUUCAGAAUAAUCUUUUUGAAAUUGGCAUCCCGAAAAUGAAAAAAUUUAUAAGGUACUUGAAGUUGAAACGACAAAGUCCUGUAGAUUAUGAAGAGCAUAUGAAGAAAAAACAGCGUUAUGAAGUAGAUUAUAAUCUGGAACCUUUUGCAGGACUUACUCCAGAAUACAUGGAAAUGAUAAUCCAGUUUGGUUUUGUAACCCUGUUUGUUGCAUCCUUCCCAUUGGCUCCCUUGUUUGCAUUACUAAACAAUAUCAUCGAGAUACGUCUGGAUGCAAAGAAAUUUGUCACUGAGCUUAGGAGGCCAGUUGCAGUGAGAGCUAAAGAUAUAGGAAUAUGGUAUAAUAUCCUCAGAGGGGUAGGAAAAUUGGCUGUGAUCAUAAAUGCAUUUGUGAUCUCAUUCACAUCUGACUUCAUUCCACGCCUCGUGUACCUGUAUAUGUACAGUGAGAGUGGCACCAUGCAUGGCUUCGUGAACCAUACACUAUCCUAUUUUAAUGUCAGCGAUUUUCAAAGAGGAACUGCUCCAAAAGAUGAUAUGGAGCUUGGCUAUCAAGUGCAAAUAUGCAGAUACAAAGAUUAUAGAGAACCUCCAUGGUCUGAAAAUAAAUAUGACGUUGCAAAAGAUUUUUGGGCUGUGCUUGCAGCAAGAUUAGCAUUCGUAAUAGUGUUUCAGAAUUUGGUUAUGUUUAUGAGUGACUUUGUUGACUGGAUUAUUCCAGACAUUCCCAAGGACAUUAGUCAGCAGAUUCACAAGGAGAAAGUUCUCAUGGUAGAAGUCUUCAUGAAAGAAGAGCAAGGAAAGCUGCAGCUGCUAGAAAAUUGGAGGGACAAGGAUCAAAGGAGAGGUGAAAACUGUAACAGUCACAGUCCCAGGUCAUCAACGAGCCAUAGAGGGAGUGUGUCUUCCUGUCACUCAUGCCACGUUGAGGUAUAGAAGAAGACAGUGUUUUAUGCUGGGGCAUUCCAUUCAUAAAGCAGCCAAUAUUUACAUGGUAGAACUUCAUACUUUAUCAACCUGGUGCAUGUUUAAGCAUAUGCGACUGUUUUGCUUAUAUCUAUGUGAGAAAUAAUGUUCUUAUGAACAGGGAGGACCAUAUUCUAUUUCUGACAAGUUUUCUUUUUUUUCUUUCCUUUUUUGCACAAAAAUAAUGCAGGGAUUUUUUUAUAUCUAUAAAUAGAUAGGUAACUUGCAUAGUUAGCUUAGAGCUAUCACUGUUUUAUUUUUUAAAAGGAGAUAGGAUUCUGUAGACUCUUCUCUGAGAAUUUUAUAUUAGCGUAUUUAUUAAACUAGGAUAAAAUGUACGAACCAAACUACAAAUAUUGGAAUAAUAGGAAGUCACCCAUUCCUGAUAAGCUACAUCUGGGGUCUUGCAAUAUGCAAAUCAUAAAAAUAAUAAUACUAAAUACUAUACUGUGGAGUGCUUUUUGCAAGGCUGUGGCAACAAAGCUCUGACUUGAAUCUGCUGACUUUUUCACAAGCAGAAAUCCUGUUGAGUUUCCUUGAUGAUAUGUUGAAUACCUGUAUUUUCUCCUAAGUGAAUGCAGGAGCAAGAGUAUUUUGUUUUCCAUUUGAGAUUCUUGCCUCAAUCCAUCACUUCCAUCCUCAUUUCAUUUACUCUAGUGAAUAGAAUAGUCAGACUCGAAUCACUGUAAUCUUAGUCUCAACACUAAUGAGAGCAAAUCACUUUACUGUCUUUCAUAUCUUCUAUGAAAGAUGAACAAUUUGUGGAAGGGCAUUUACUUUAGUAAUUCAAAGUGUCUAAUGCACAUUCCAGAGGGGGAUUCCAGAGAACAAAAAGAAUAUCAGCAUCAGCACAAUUUCUCCAAACACUAAAGGACCUUUGAAGAAAAAGUGUCCUGAGUGAAGAGCACACACACACACACACACACACACACACACACAAACACAAAUACACACGCAGACAAAUACUAGCAAAUUGCACUGCCCACCACAAACUUGGAAUCUUUGUUGCUAAAGGAUCACAUUAACUAUAUGUAUUCUCAAUUAUGGUUCUAUGUCACCUCUGCUCAGUAAAGCCAACAUGCUAUAUUGAAAGACAUUACAACUUUCUAAAAUAAUUAAUGUGAUCCUGUCAUUUAACUGGCCAAAGGGCUAUUGUAGCUCAUAAUAUCUUAUAUAGUAAAUAAUUUGGCUCAGCAGCUCAUUUCUAAAUAUUAUUCUUUUCCAUAUUUAUAACUUCUCUGCCUUGUGCAAAUCUGAUUCAUUUGUCUUGCUCUCUUUCACAUUGAAAUGGUCAGAGUUCAUUUGAGCACCAUUCCAGUGAAAUGUGGGCCUUUCUUUCUUUCUUAGUAGGUAUCAUAUUAUAGAGGUUAUAAGAUAUGAGUAUCAUGGAGCCAGUAGAGUACAAACAUGUGGAAUUUUGUCCUCUUAUAAUAUUAGAGUCAUUUUAUGAAAAUUGAUCAGAAGCAAAUCAGAACAGAAAAAAGGAAAUAUGGUGCCACACAAUUCACGAUUACCAAAUUAAGAGAUUACAUCAUCUACUGAGAAUAGAUUAAUAAAUGAAAAGUAAAAUAGUUGGUGCAAUUGUUCAGAGGCAGUACAGAAAAUUAAUGUAGCAAAUACACAACAAUGUAAAGUUAUUACUUUUAUGCAUUGCUAGUAAAUUGCAUGGAAAUACUUCAAAGGUGCUAGGUGUGAUCCACUAAUGAUAAUGUUAAAUUAUGGUAACAGUCAGAUAAGUUGCAUUUUAUUUUUGUUUCUUUUGAGAUUAUAUACUUUUAAAAAAAUAUUCAGAUAAGAUUUAAAAUGAGGAAGUGAAAAGGGUUAGCAGAAUUAAGAAGUUCGCUUCAAAGGAAGGUUCCCCUGUGCCCAUCUUCCUGAACAUCCAAAAAUGACAAUGAAAAGGUAAAUACAAUGGACUUCCAAUGAAGCCUAGCUUUAUUUUGCUUCUUCAAAGUGCUAAAUGUUUUAAUUCGCACUAAUUAAAAUUGCUUUGGAAUGGAGAAGCAAUUUAUAAUCUUUGCAAUCUUAAAAAGCAGUCGAACAAUUCAAGGAGAUGAAGGUAGAAAUAAAUGUUACAAAAACUAGCAAACCAAAGUGGUGAAUAGAGAAAAAUACAUUACAGAUUUUGAUAUAACAAAAGUUUUUCCUGGAAAGUCAUGGAACCUAUGAACAGCAAUCCAAUUACUGUGUGUCAGUGAAUCCUAAGAUUUGCCACAACAGCAUGUUGUAAUGCAGUUUUGAGCAUAUCAAAGUCCAGCCAAAA